GAUGGGCGUAUCACAGUCGCAUCCUUGGUAAAUUCAAGGACAAGUAUCAGAGCGGCAAGGGCGGUACGAGCGCACCGACUUAGAUUUUAACGGUGUGCGCCUAAGCGGCAGCCACAUUGACGCAAUGGCGAAAGAUCAUAUUGAUUUAACCACUAUCGUGUCUGACUCCGAAGAAUCAAAUUCCCUGGAUAAGACACCUAGAAGAAGUGCACCAUCUCAAUCACAGUCACAAUCGCAGUCACAGUCUCAAUCUCGACCUCAAUCUCGAUCCCAGUCUCAGUUAGGUGUACAUUCCCGUAAACUUGCUAGCCCUCAACGAUCUUCAGAUCAGCGAGCAGCAUCUUUACAUGGCUUUACCUCUAUUCAUGCUGCAACACCACCUAGACAAAUAAAGGCUUCUCCAAAGUCUGUUGGCCAAGAUGGGAAAAUGGCUCCAAUACCAGUCAGAUCAACUGGUAAUUCCAGGGAUGGUCUAGACGCAACUCCCCCAUCAUCUCAUCACCAUUCAUCCUCUAUUCACCGAACGCCUAAACACCAUACUCCAAGGAAGUUGGAGUGGAAUACCGAAAAGGUUGAGGAAAUUCUACGAGAUUUCUCAGAUGAGAUCGGUACAGAUGGGGCCAAUCUUACCGCCCGCCUGAUCCAUAUGGCUUGGAAGAAGGAGGCACCUGUGCAACAGUUCACUAGUAAGAAGGAUUGGUUCGCUGAUAUGAAGCGAACACCGUUGGAAACCACUAGCAAGUCUGCAGAUACGAUGAGAAUAAAAACCAAGCAGGUAGGCCAAGGUAGAUCCGGGAAGCAGGAAAAACGUGAACACCAUCACGUCAUCUCUAUUAAGACCAACGUCGAUAUGGUCCCUGCCUACGGUUUUCAUCAUGUCGAGAUCAAGAAAAACAUACUCUCCCCCAAUACUAUGUUAACCUACGUCCCUCAUCUACGAGAUCUCGCAGAUAAUGAGGAGGGUGUUUACCGCCGGUGGCUCGAAAACCUGGAAAAUAUGGACAAGACUUCUGGUUUUGCUACGCUUAGUAGACAUCAGAAGGUGACGAAAACUAUUAAAAAGGAACGCGCCACCACUCUACUUCUGUAUCUCGACUCCUGGCUAGACAGGCUUGGUAUUGAGAAUUGUACCAAGACUACACUCAUCCGCUAUAUGGCAAGCCAGGGUGCUAAUGUCACCCCUCAGCAAAAGUCGAGUAUUUUGAACUCGUAUACGGACGAGCCCGGAUCUCCACGAUCAGCUAAAGCAGUAAGGAUUUUUACAGAAGCAUUCGAUCGAGUAUUCAACGAUUCAUCACUACGUGAACGAGCUGUACCUCUCCGCGACGUGCUCUUGUUAGAUAAGUCGGUUGAUACCAUCGUCGAUUCUAAGAAAUGGAUGAAGGAAACUCCCAGCCAGUCUAAGGUCGCGGAAGAGCAGACGACAGUCGAGUCUUUCCUAGAGACAUAUGCAUUGCUCGGUUGCUUGGUAUGUACUAGUCAUUCAUGUGAGCAUGGAGAAUACGGCGUUGAUAAUGAGCGAAAACGAUUUUCUAUCGAAGUAGUCGGUGGUUUAUCGCCGAUAAUUCGCCAGCAACUUACGCAGAGGCCAAAAGAAAGGGGUGAUGACAGUCCUCCUACGCCUCGUAAAACAAAGAAGCCUUGUGGGGAGGACUGCUACCUGAAUGGUCGACCGGGAACGCGAGCUAAAUUAUGGAGCGACAACGAGAUAAUGCUCCUCAAAUCAUUCAUUUCAACAUUAAGCAAUACCAACAUUCCUAUACAAUGUGCAACUGCUGUGGCUACCGGAAGGCCUUGUUGGGAUGUACAGCGUCAACUCGAUAAACUCGAACUGCCGAGACCCAUUACCGCCCCGUCCCCAGCACAGCCGGUUCAGGUUAAACCACUGCCUUGGUAUGAUAGGAAGAGGAAGAUGCUUAUAGGAGACUGGCAAGAGCACACCAACACUCACGAACAUCAGCGAAAGGACUUCUUCGAUCCAUGCAGCCACGAUGGGCCUUGUACAUCCAAGAAUUGCGGAUGUGUCCAGAACCACAUUAUGUGCGAGCGCUUCUGUCGAUGUACGGCAGCAAUUUGUGCGAACAAAUUUACCGGCUGUGCCUGUCACUCUCAUGGGAAGACAUGUCACUCUAAGCAGAAAGACAGGCCUUGUAUCUGUGUACAGUUGAAUCGUGAAUGCGAUCCUGCCCUGUGCGGAACCUGCGGUGCAUCUGACAGGGCCCACCCAGCACACGCAGACAAUGAUGCGCUAUUUGCCACAGGAUGUCAGAACUGCGCGCUACAGCGAGGGAAGUCAAAGUCGGUUAUGCUUGGAAAAUCUAAGAUUGCCGGUUACGGGCUUUUUACGACCGAGGAUAUCGCUCAAGAUGAGUUUGUUAUCGAGUAUGUUGGAGAACUUAUAAGUCAGGAUGAGGGGGUCCGUCGUGAGGCACGUCGCGGAGAUGUAUUUGACGAAUCAUCCAAUUCAUCAUACCUCUUUACACUACUAGAACAAGAAGGCAUUUGGGUAGAUGCCGCUAUAUACGGCAACCUCAGUCGCUACAUCAAUCACCAAGAAACCAACUGCAACGUCACACCCCGGAUUCUUUACGUCAACGGCGAGUAUCGAAUUAAGUUUUCUUCCCUGCGUGAUAUUAAGGCUGGAGAGGAAUUAUUCUUCCACUACGGUGAGAACUUCCCGAAUCUCACAAAGAAGCUACUGCAAGAAGAGAAGGCCGAGAAGAAGCGACGGAAAGCUAAAGAGCAAGCCCGCAAGACGGCGCAAGGUGGGGAAAAAGUGAGGAAGAAGCCCGGCCGCAAGCCGGGUCGGAAGCCAGGUCGAAAACCAGGCCGUAAACCAAAGAAGAAAACGUUCGCUACAGUCGAAUCAGAGCCAGAAGAUGAUGACGAUAUCGAACCUUCAGAAGAGCUAUUCCCCGACAUCGAUAUCAAGCCGCGCAAACGCAAGCGUGCGAUCCUUGACGAUGAAGACUCCGAAGAAGGCGAGUACCGCCCCGGGUCCGAUUCUCAGGGCGGCGUAAUGGGUGAUGCUGGCGAAACAUCACCAUCCCGGAAAUCAUCACGUUUCCGAAAGCGACUAGGCGCACCAAAAGCAAGAAAAGGCUUCCCACCCAUCUCAGCGAGGCGUCGAAAAGUAAAAGAGACAUCAAACGAAGACGACGAAGCAGACCUCACACCAAAACGCCAACGCAAGAAACCGCGACGUCUCCUCGAAGACGCGACCCUCGACGAAAUCGACGACGUGCUAGUCCCCGACACCAAAGCUCCUGGAAUAACAACGCCUAAGAAGCGCGGCAGGAAAUCGAACAAGCAGAAAGAACUCGAAGCCCGACAACGCGCGGAGCAGGAAGCCCGUCGGCGGGGGGAUACAACGGGCUUAGGAAACGCGCAGGACCUCCCUCCGACGACUCUGGAAAGCGCCCCGGGCAGCGCGCAGGGGAGUACCCGGUACAAGCACACGGAAGCGCGACUAGUUCUCGACUCGGACUCCGCAGCGGGCGAGGACACGCCAUCGCGCGUGCGCACGCGCCGGCAGCUUAAAGAUCAAGAGUCGAGCCCCCUAUCGACGCCCGACUCCCGAUUCGAGGACGCAGCACCUGAAAUCUCGGACUCGGACAUACGACCGAUAUCCCGACGGGGCAGGGUGAAGAAAGGGGCAAGUGGCGACGACGAGUAUAACGGGAGCAGCUGGAACGACAGCGACGGCGUGCACCACCACGGCGGGGGGAUGAAUACAGAUGAUAGCGAAGAAGACGACGAUGAUGAGGAUGACGACGACGGAGUGUCGGUUGAUCGGUCGAGAACUAGGAGGAAGCCUGCGAGGUACGAGGAUUAGUUGUUGGCUCAUACUUAGAUAUUGUAGGUGGCUCUGCUAGGGGGACUGACUUGAUCGGUUAGAUAGGUGUGUGAGGGGCUUGCUUCUGUGUAGAUAUGUAGGUAUGGAUGGGUGGGCUUUAGGGCCUAGUUGCUGUAUUAAUUCGACGAUGUGUUUUUGUUAGGUAUUGUAAUGGCUUGGUGUUUUACUUACCUAUCG